AUGCUAAAAAAGAAAGAGCCUGCCCAAUCCGAUACCUCUAGGUCGAUACAGUCCACAGAUUCCCAGUUCGCGAACCAAUCACCUGCCUCAAGCAGAAACAGUCAAAGCAGUAGUGGCCUCACUGGACUCAUCGAUACCAUUGCUCAGAAAUUCUCUUCUGCCUCCACCGCCUCCAGCAUCUCCAAGGUGUCCAGCAACAUAAUAAUGGGUAGUCUUGAUAGUCAGGCAGAGAGCCCUGACCUUCUCACGUCUCCCGAAACUGAAACCGGAUUUUCACUCACACCAAAAAGUCAGCCUAAUGUGCUUAAAAAGAAACAUCCGGCCCAAAGACCUGUUCUGGCUAAGAAUCGGCGCGCCAGUAUUCGUGGAAAAAAGGGCAAGGGCAAGGGAGUCAACAAACCUCAAUACAUCGUAAUGGGUAAGGUCAUAACAACAACACAGCAAGCCACGAAGGAAAUUUUGUCUAGAACAGAAUUGGAGGGAACUCGGUUCGGUUAUAUGGCGAACAGAUGGACCGCACCCGCCCUGGACCCUACUUCCGUAGAGUAUCCAGACGUGGAAACUGUGGUUAGGGUCGUGGCGGGGGACACGUAUGAUCGUGCCCUCGAGAUGCAAAAUGCGGGCAGCACCACCGAUCACAUGCCAGUAUGUGUUCUCAACUUUGCCAAUGCUGGCAGACCAGGUGGGGGCUGGCUCAGUGGUGCUCGAGCCCAGGAGGAGCAGCUUUGUUACCGAAGCACGCUCAUUGAUACUCUCCAUACCCGAUUUUACCCAAUGGACGAUCUGGAGUGCCUCUAUUCACCCAAUGUGAACGUGUUCCGAAACAACGUGGAUAGCGAGUAUAGUUUCAUGUCGGAGAACGAAAAACUACACCUGAACCCUACUGUCAGCGUUAUCAGCAUGGCAGCACGGAGCCGGCCUAAAUUGACCGCCGACCAAUCGACGUACGCGAAUGUAGCACAUCGAUAUCUCAUGAUAGCCAAGAUGAAACUAAUUCUACGCACGGCAGCAAACAACAAUCACCGCCGCUUGAUCCUUGGUGCCCUUGGUUGUGGAGCCUUUCACCAUCCACCCCAGGAGGUGGCCGACUGCUGGUACAAGGUUCUCAUGAACAAAGAGUUCAAAGGUUGGUUUGAGCGGAUUUAUUUCGCAGUUAGAGACGCUCCCAAAGAGAAGAAUGUUGAAAUUUUCAAAGAGACAUUGGAUGGUUUGAAUAUUUGA